UGAUAUGGAGUGCAGAAGGAGCCGGGAUUACAACUACAGUAAUCUGAGAACCGCAACUGCACUCCACAGCCACAGACGAACACAUCAAGUCCAACAAAACAUCAGGGGAAAGUGAAAUGAGGCACCUUCGGGACACCGCUUUACAACUACAGAAGUCGAGAAAAUAAUUACAAACUCCAGGGAAUAAGAAGCUAAAAUAUCUGUUGGCUAGCAAUCAACAGCCGGCUAAAACAAGAAGCUCCGCCUAUCAGCCUGUGCCACCUGUGUGCCCUUCUAACUGCCAGUUUUUGGAGUAAUCCGUGGUGUCUUUUAGUGGAAUGAGGACUACAGUUAAAGAACGCGUCGGAAACAAGUUAACAAGGUAAACGGAAUUUGUUCUUUGGAUUUGAAAGUGCUCGGAAUUCCCUGAACAUUCCAUUUCCUAUUUGUUUUGACAUGGAACAACGGAACAUUCAAAUUUCUGCAAAUGUAUAAAAAUCACUGAUUGUUUUUUCCGCUCUGAUUUGGACGCAGAUGAGACGCUGACAGAUUUGGACCUGUCCAAUGAGAGUUGAGGCACACGUGUCCACCUAACCAGUGACCAUUCUGGACAAGGAGCUCUAUGCGCGUCUGCACCAGGACACUUGUGGACAGCCGUCUCCUGCCUCUCAUUUCUCCUCUGGCAUCCGCUCUCCCUCCAUCUCUCCACGCCACCUCCUCUUCUCCUCCCCCCCUCCCUCCAUCCGUCCCACCCUCCCCUCACGGAAGAUGAUGUGACCUUCUGCCAAACUGCUAGAGACCAUGCCACUGUCACAGUGGGCUGUUCUGUCUACACUGAAAUAGAAUCAAACAAGAGCCACGAGAGAGAGAGAGAGAAAGAAGGAGGGGGGGACAGGGGGAAAAAAAAGAAGAAGAAAAAAAUCAGGACGAGUCACGGAGGAGAAAAUGUGCUGUCGGGCGUCCGGGCUGGAUGUGGUUUGCCAAAGCAGGCAGUAGGUGACUGAGAUGGGCGUUCAUCUAGGCUGUCUCAGCGACACACUGUGGCUGCCGUUGUUGCUGCUGCUGUCUGUCUGCUCCGCCCCCCGCUGCCAGUGCCGCCCGUUCGGGAUGGUUGAGCCCACCGUGAACGUGGCGGUGGUGUUCAGUGGCUCCGCCUACCAGAUGGAGAUCAAGGGGCGACUGAGUCGGGAGAACUUCCUGGACCUGCCGCUGGAGGUGAACCCCAUCACUGUGCUGGUGAACAACACCAACCCGCGUACCCUACUGACGCGCAUCUGCGACACGCUGGCUGCUAACAGGGUGCACGGGGUGGUCUUUGAAGAUAACAUUGGGUCUGAGGCCGUGGCGCAGAUCCUAGACUUCAUCUCCACGCAGACGGCCGUGCCCAUAGUGGGCAUCAGCGGGGGAUCUGCCGUCGUCCUGCCUCACAAGGGUGACGGUUCUACCUUUCUCCAGCUGGGCUCCUCCAUCGAGCAGCAGAUCAACGGGAUGUUCAAGGUGAUGGAGGAGUACAACUGGGACAGUUUUGUGGUGGUGACCAGCAUGUACCCGGGCUACGACACCUAUGUGGACUACAUCCACUCCUUCAUUGACACGUCUUACUUCCUCUGGGAGUUGCAGGACAUCUUGACGUUUGACAUGUCGGCCGACGGCAUGAACGACCUCCGUGCCCGCCGCUUACUUCAGCAGAUCGACGCGCAGGUGCUGCUGGUGUACUGCUCGCACGACGAGGCCCAGUACCUCUUCAGCAUGGCCAGGGAAGUGGGUUUGGUGGGUCCGGGGUACAUCUGGUUUAUCCCCAGCCUUGCGGUGGGAAACCCCAAUAUGCCUCCCCCAGACAGCUUCCCCGUUGGAUUGAUCAGCAUUAUCACCGAUCGCUGGAAGAUGAGCUUGAGAAACAGGGUCAGGGAUGGUGUGGCCAUCGUGGUGAAAGGAGUGGAGAGCUUCCGCAAGCAGAGGGGCUUUAUUCCCGAUGGACACAUGGACUGUCAGAGUCCGGUGCGGCCAUCCGCCAAUGACACUCUCUACAGGCAUAUGCUUAAUGUGUCCUGGGAGAACACUGACUUCUCCUUCAACAGUGAUGGAUAUCUAGUCAACCCCUCCAUGAUCAUAAUCACUCUGGACCGCGGGAGACAGUGGGAUAAGGUGGGGACUUAUGAGUCUGGUAUCCUGCAGAUGAGGUACCCUGUCUGGCCACGUUAUGGGACCUUCCUGGAGCCCGUGUCUGAUAACCGUCACUUGACAGUGGCCACACUGGAGGAAAGGCCUUUUGUGAUUGUAGAAGCUGUGGAUCCUGUUACUGGCACCUGCCUCAGUAACACCGUCCCCUGCAGACGCCAGUCAAACAAGACAGAAACGAUAGUUGGACACACUGAGCCUUACACCAAAUUGUGCUGCAAAGGCUUCUGCAUAGACAUUUUGAAAAAGCUCUCUCGCAACAUUAAGUUCUCCUACGACCUCUACCUGGUCACCAACGGCAAACAUGGCAAGCUGGUACGAGGGAUCUGGAACGGUAUGAUCGGAGAGGUGUUUUAUAAGCGAGCGGACAUGGCCAUUGGCUCUCUGACCAUUAAUGAGGAGCGCUCGGAGAUCAUUGACUUCUCUGUGCCGUUUGUGGAGACUGGCAUCAGUGUGAUGGUGGCCAGAAGCAAUGGAACCGUGUCUCCGUCAGCCUUCCUAGAGCCCUACAGCCCAGCGGUGUGGGUGAUGAUGUUUGUCAUGUGUCUUACAGUCGUGGCGGUGACUGUGUUCGUGUUUGAAUACUUUAGUCCUGUGGGCUACAACCGCAGCCUGGUCAGUGCCAAAGAUCCAGGUGGGCCGACGUUUACCAUUGGAAAGUCAGUCUGGCUGCUGUGGGGGAUCGUCUUUAACAACUCAGUGCCCAUUGAAAACCCCAAAGGCACCACCAGUAAGAUCAUGGUGCUGGUGUGGGCUUUCUUUGCUGUGAUCUUCCUGGCCAGCUACACGGCCAACCUGGCAGCCUUCAUGAUCCAGGAGCAGUACAUUGACACCGUUUCUGGACUGAGUGACAAGAAGUUCCAGAAACCACAAGACCAAUAUCCUCCAUUCCGGUUUGGGACCGUGCCCAACGGCAGCACAGAACGAAACAUAAGGAGCAAUUAUCCAGAAAUGCAUUCCCACAUGGUUAAAUACAACCAGAAAGGUGUGGAGGAUGCGCUCAACAGCCUCAAAACUGGCAAGCUGGAUGCCUUCAUAUACGAUGCAGCUGUGCUUAACUACAUGGCCGGUAAAGAUGAAGGGUGUAAACUGGUGACAAUCGGUAGUGGGAAGGUAUUUGCAACAACAGGCUACGGUAUCGCCCUUCAGAAAGAAUCACGCUGGAAGCGUCCCAUAGACCUCGCUCUUCUCCAGUUCCUUGCUGAUGGUGAUACUCAGAAGCUCCAGACAGUGUGGCUCACUGGUAUCUGUCGUAACGAGAAGAAGGAGGUGAUGAGCUCCAAGCUCGACAUUGACAACAUGGCCGGAGUGUUUUACAUGCUUCUCGUGGCUAUGGGUCUCAGUCUGCUGGUCUUUGCUUGGGAACAUCUACUGUACUGGAAGCUCCGGCAUUCUGUCCGCAAGUCUGAGCGCUUGGACUUCCUGCUGGCCAUUAGCAGGGGAAUCUACAGCUGCUUCAAUGGUGUGGAGGACAUGGACCGUAAAGGGAGCAUGCAGAACCCAGAUGUCACCACCAGUUACACUCAGGCCAACAUGCUGAAGAUGCUCCAAACCGCAAAGGACAUUGUCUCAUCUGCGAGAGUUGAAAACUCCCUGGAUAAUGCCACAAAGACCAUUGAGAACUGGAGUCGACGUGAUCCAGAGUCAGCCAGACCUAGUCUUCCUACCUGCCUCAUAGGAACGGACUUCAGCCAUAGCCGCCUGCCCUGCAUCGCCAGCGUUACGGACAACCACUCACCGUACCCUCAAACCAUGGACAGCACCACUCAGCACUUGCUGGAGAAGCCUCACGUGGGAACACGGCCUACCUCACUGCGCUACACUCUUCCCGCACGUACCAGCCACCACCACAUCUACGAACGGACGCUACCCAUAUCUAGCCUCAGCAGUCCCCAUAUUGCAAUGAGAGACCCACCACCUCCCACAGCUCCGAAACCCCACGUGUACGUGGACCAGUCCUGUCACCACCCUACCUCUCGCUACGUCUCUUACCGUGACUUUCAGGUACCAGAUAUCUUUGUGGAACACCAGGAACCUUCAGGAAGCCAUAAACAAUACAUGGCAGGUCUGGGUCGCAAAAAGAGGUCCCACAGCUACGUAGCAGCAUCUCCAGAAACUCGACGAAGGGACGAUUAUGAUGUACCCCAGUCUUGUCUGGCUGAGCUCAAAAGCAACCACUUUGUUGAAAACCAUUCCCAUACUACACCCUGCAUGAGAAGCCACUUCCAGAGACCCGGCUCUAGCUGCAACUCCUGCACGAAGCUGUAUCUAGAACCGGAGAUGGAUGAUGUUCCUCUUCUGGGGAAAGAUAAAAUGAACCGCCGCGCCUCUUUUCUCAGGGCCACGUGGGGUGGUGACAGGAUCCGGCAGCUGGAUGAGAAGCCCUCCACCUCUGCAUCCUCCACCACUUGCAUCAACAUGCCCGAUCUGUUCCCUCGAGUGGUGGUGACCAAUCCCAAGAUCCCCUCAAAGAUGUACGGCAGCACAGGUAACAACCUACGCUACAACAUGGCUGUGGAACCAGCCUAUCUGGACCCAGCCCACAUGGGCUCCUACCCGUACAAGCCACAAAAGUUCAAGUACUCAAAGUCCAUCCGCCUUCCUUCAUACCGGGAGGCGAUUCUACAGAAUGCGGCGGCCCUUCGGCGCUCCUCGUCCACACUAGUGCACGGACACUACUCAACGUACCUGAACUCUUACACAGACCUGCCGGUGUAUUUGGGUCCUCUACCGCAAGGACCCGCUCACUUCCAUGAGCAUUCCAAAGACACGUGCCACCUGUUUCCAUGCAUCAACCAUUGCCCCGAAAAUGCCGCCUUGGUUCCCCGGUUAGGCGGCAGACCUGUAUUGUAUCAGAGCACUGCUGUUGGAGGCUACGAGGGGGCCGGGCGCUCAAACGAGGGGUCAAUGCAUACUGUACCGGUCUCUUCCGUCCGCAGGGACCGCAGGCAGGUUCUAGUGGCACGGAACGUACACAGUCCAUACGCCCCACGGCCCUGGGGUAGGGUAUCUAGUCUGGAGUCUGAGGUUUGAAGACCUUUUAAGAGAUCUCCAGAGACAGUUUCCCCUGAGGGAGAAACACUGGGAACUGCUAAACGAAGUCAAGCAAAAAAGAUAAAGGUGGACUAGAGGUGGUAAUCUCAGUGCAAUAAUACCCUCAGACAGCAGGGAUGGGAUGGGGGAAUGUACAAGUGAUUACUGUGGAGACUUGUUUCAGUAUACUUAAAAAAAAAAAAAGUAAGAGUUACAAAUAAUGAACUGUUCUUAAUCUAUAAUCUAUUGUUAUUUAAACUGUUUUUAAAUGCCAUUACACCAGUUAAGACUCAUUCUCUGCAAACAAUUGGAUGUAGCAUGUUUUAAGGCAGCUUUAAAAACCAAAAGGGUUUGAAAUCUGGUUUUUAUUUAUGCCAGGGCAUUCGACCAUUUUAAAUCUGGAGAACCACUGGAGAAUUUUAUAACAUAGCCACACAAAAAUGUCUUCCAAGAAUUUUCUAAAUCCAGGGGUUUGAGAAAGCCAUUAAUUGUCCAAUUUUGUCACUCCACCAGUGUAAUUCAGAUCUGAUUUCAAGAAUGGUGAAGAAUUGAUUUGCCAUCUGUAGUUCCACAGCAACUUCACUGUUUAAUAAAUGAUGGGAUGGCCGUGAGGCCACUUGAAAAGGA